AUGAGCUCUGUGGAAGAAGCCAGAAGCACCAUCGACCAGCCGGAAGUGUCUGCGGAAGAGCUGCUAAGAAGAUCUGACAAAUGCAAAACCCAACUUGAAUGGAAGUACAGUAUGUGUCUUGUGGUGAAGUGGAAAGAAAGGAAACAAAGGGAUUCUUCACCGAUUAAUCCUAGAAAAGGACAAGAGUUUGAUUUCCUCAAUAGUAAAAGAAACACCGAGCCUGAACCCAAUUCUAAUCAUAGCGGAUUCCCAAAGGAUGGAGACAUUUAUGACAAUGGCUUGGUAAAACUUGAUUCUUUGAUGACUGCUAUUAAGGUGAACAAUGUAUCAAUUGUGAAAUUUCUUCUGGAACAAAAUGUUAAUGUAAAUUCAUACAAACCUCACGGUAUAACUCCAUUGAUUUGUGCCAUCAUCGAACGCUCUAUUGAAAUUUUGAAACUCCUGAUUGACCACGGUGCAGAUGUAGAAGGUUUGUUUAAAAAUGAUGCACCUCCACUUUUUAUAGCUGUGCAAUUAGAAGAUACGUCCAUAUUGAAAGUUCUUCUAGAGGCUGGUGUCAAUGUCAACAGAGUUUUCACUCCAUUUGGUUAUAGCUUUAAUACAUUGCCUUUACCCUUUGCAACAGCACUUCAGAUUGCUAUAUGCACUUCUAACCUUCAAGCAACAAAGCUGUUGUUGACUCGCGGGGUUAAUGCUCAAUUUCUGUUCAAACAAAGUAUUACAGACAAUAAGAUUGUGUCUGUCAAAAGUGCUUUAAUGCGAGGUGCAGAAGUCAAUUGUCAGUUUGAAGAUUCAAGUGAUUACCCUCUUCACAUAUGCUCAGCUGUAGGUAACAAAGAAUUAGUUGAGAUUCUUCUGGAUAAAGGAGCAACUAUAUCCACUGUGAAUAGAGCAGGCUACAGUGCCUUACAUGUAGCUGCCAAAGCUGGCCAUUUGGAAAUAUGCAAACUGCUGUUAAGUCACGGUGCUAGCCUGGACUAUCGAGGACCGAAGGGAUUCACUCCAUUUGACUUGGCACAAAAAGAAGGUCAUACAGAAGUUGUUGAUUUUCUCAAGAGUGUUUCAGUGCUCUUCUCAAAACUAAAAAGAAAGCAUGAAAAAGUGAUUGGUCUUUUAAAAUUGAAAAUUGCCUCUGCUGAGUUAAGUAUUUUUAUCAACUGUGUUAAUCAAUACGGAAAUACAUUACUCGGUGAAGCCUUACGUCUCAACUUGAAAGAUGUUGCAAUGAAACUUAUGACCCUAAGGUUGGAAGCUGGACGGAGUUAAACCUAAUUAUGUCCUGUUGAUGUUAUUGAAGUUGCUGAUUACAUUAAUUGUUUGUUAAUGAUAAGGUAAUGAUCACACAAUUUAGCUCCAUGUAAUUCAAAAUGCAACCAAAGUGGACAUAAAAAAUUAAUCUUGUACCGGUAUGAAAUUUUAUGACGAUAAAGAUUAAGUUAUUGUUGUUCUACUAAAAAACCUAAUUGUUCUUUUAAGAUCAAUUAAGCAUUAAGAUUGAGAAGAAAAUACAAGUCCUUGCUGUAUACAGUUUGUGUGUUUUAAAAUAGCUUCUCACAUAGACAGUUUGCCUAUUUUUAUUGAAGCACUGUGUUGUUUGCCUUGUAAAAGAAAAUGUGAAGUAAUUUCCUUAUAUUUCACUUUGUUAAUAGUACUGUAUUAGCUAUUUACUAAUGACUCAUGCGAUGCUAAGAUGUUAGAAAAUAAACAGGUCACACAAAUACACAUAGAUUCGUGAAUAAUACAAUUUUGUGGUGUUGAAAACAAUUAUGUGUUAGAUUUUUAAGUAAAAUAAACUGUAUAUCAAACAAAGUAAUUUUUAUUGUUAAAAAGACAUUUCUGAAAAAUGUUCUGUUCAAAAAAGUAAUACAAAGACUUUGAGGCUGAUUGGUUCUUAAUAGGUUAUUAUUAACAAUAUUAAACAAGGGAGAAUAUAAAGUCAACCCUGCGACUAUAUGCAGUAAGAUGUAAUACAUACAUUGUGACAAUGUAGCAAGCAAUCUUGUCCCAUAUUGUAAUUAAAACCCUAAAAAUGAGAAGUUAAAUGUAGUUAGGCAUAAUUUAAAUAUUAUGUAAAUGGAGGUUAAAACAAAUAAUUCUUCUUAUUUGUCACUAUAGAACACUUUAUUGCUAUUAUUUAAAAAAUGCAACUUUAUAUUAGGGUAGAAAAUAAAAGCAGCAAUGAGUAUCAGUGUUAAAGAUGACAUGUAAUAUUUUUGUCUAAUUAUAAGACAUUUAUAUUUUAGUUUGUUUAUUC